AAUGUACAAGUCUAAGCUGCAAGAAUUGUGUCAAAACAAGAAAUGGGCACUUCCAAAAUACUGUUGCAUGAGAGAUGGAGCAGAUCAUAAUCCACAAUUUAAAGCAUCUGUUGUUGUCAAUGGCAUCAAUUUUGACUCUCCACCUUUCUGCAAGUCAUCAAAAGAAGCCCAUAAUGAAGCUGCUAAGUUUGCUUUCCUUCACUUAACAAGUGGUGGUUCACGUUCAACGACAGAGGAUAUUGGACUAACGAAAGUUGACGGAGAAUGCAAAAGUCUGCAGGAUAAAAAUACUUCAGAGACCAAGAAAGGUGGUUCCCUUCCAACUAUAGGAGAUAGUGGACUAAUGAAAACUGAUGAAGUAUGCCAAUUUCCUUGUGAUCAUCUAAAUACUUCUGAGAUCAAGCAAGAAAAUUAUCACUAUCAGUACAAGACGAAGCUGCAGAUGUAUGCAAAAAGGAAAAACCUUGGUGUACCUGUGUACCGCAACAUAAGAAAGAUUUCAGCUCAAGAUCUUUAUUUUGAGGCAACUGUGGUAGUGGCUGGUGAAUUGUUCCAAAGUCCCGGAGCAUACAAAACUGCAGAAGAAGCAGAAAACUCUGUUGCACAGCUUGCAUUAAUGAAACUCGUAACUGUUUCCUUAGAACAGAGUAAUACCAGCAGCUACAAGAGUUUCCUGCAAGAACUGGCACAACAAGAAGAAAUGUGCUUGCCUGAUUAUAAGACAAUCAGGGUUGGCGAGCCUCACAAGUUAGCGUUCUUCUCAAGUGUUGAACUUGAAGGAGAAGUUUUUCACGGGGCUGCUGCAAAGUCCAAGAAACAGGCAGAAGAAAAUGUUGCCAAGGUUGCUUAUGUGGCUUUAACAAAAUGCAAAUCUGUCCAUGCUGGUGAGCAUUCAAAUUUUUCCUCAGGCUUGGAAGGUGAAAUUGUCAAAACUGAACCUAUCAUGGAUUCACUGUCGAUUACUGCUGGUCAAGAAAAAUUCAGAGAUGAAGAGGAGGAGAUAGUUUACUCUAAACAUAUAUCUCCAAAGUCCACAUGUGCUGAAAAGGUUAUUGCAUCUUCACUUUCGCUUGGGGUGAAAGAGCUUAGUGUAAAUGAGAAAUCCCCUUCUUCAGCACAAUCAUUGCGCCAUUUGCCUAGAGAAGCUAUAUUAUCAUCAGUUGCAAUGAAACCAUCCAAGUCCCCUACUGUCUCAAAUGUGAAUCCUCGUGCGAAGACGACUGCAGAAACCAAAAGUUACCUACUCUCCAACAGGUUCAGAGUGUACAACUCCAUUCCAGAUGAGGUCCUACCCCCGGGUACUAUUGUGCUUCCUAUUGCUGAAGAGAAGUGGGCUGUUGUGAGCUUGGAAUUCCUCAAUGAGAAAUGUGGCUAAUUAUGUACUAUUCCUGUAGAAGCAUGUUACUUGCGUUUAUCGUCCUGUUAAACUUAAACAAACAGGCUAAACUGAAUCAAGGAUGAUUAUAGCUAC